AUGGAGGACCCGUACCAGAACAACGUGACCCAGCCGCAGGGGGGCGACGGGGGCCAGUUCACCUACCCCCCCCCCCAGGAGGGCAGCGGGCCCGACGGCUACCCCUACCAGACGGACUUCCCCGCCAAGGACGAGGAGGACGCGGCCAGCGACGCCACGGAGGGCCACGACGAGGGCGAGCAGAUGUACGAGGGCGAGUACCAGGGCAUCCCCCACCCCGACGAGAUAAAGGAGGCGCGCCGCGCCGCCCGCAUGGAGGCCCGCCGGAAGGCGCGGCAGGAGGCGCAGCUCGAGGACGAUGACGACCUGCCCGACCAGUACGAGAACAUCAUGGAGGACUGCGGCCACGGGCGCUUCCAGUGGACGCUGUUCGCCGUGCUGGGGCUGGCGCUGAUGGCGGACGGCGUGGACAGCUACGUGGUGGGCUUCGUGCUGCCCAGCGCCGAGAAGGACAUGUGCAUCACCAACGCCGACAAGGGCAUGCUGGGUCUGCUGGUGUACGUUGCCAUGCUGGCCGGGGCGCUGGUGUGGGGGGGGCUGAGUGACAAGCUGGGCCGCAGGAAGGUCCUGAUCUACGUCCUCACCAUCGACAUCGUCUUCAGCUUCCUGUCCUGCUUUGCCCAGGGCUACGGCUUCUUCCUGUUCUUCAGGUUCUGCUCCGGCUUCGGGAUCGGAGGUUCCAUCCCCAUCGUGUACACCUACUUCGCAGAGUUCCUCCAGAUAGAGAAGCGAGGAGAACAUCUCAGCUGGCUCUGCAUGUUCUGGAUGCUGGGGGGGCUGUACGCGUCCUUCACCGCAUGGGGCAUCAUCCCCCACUACGGCUGGGGCUUCGCCAUCGGCACUGAGGUCCAGUUCCACGGCUGGAGGGCCUUCAUCCUGGUCUGUACCUUCCCCGCCAUCGCUGCCCUCGUGGGUGUGAUCUUCAUGCCAGAGAGCCCCCGCUUUCUACUGGAGAACGCCAGGCACGACGAGGCCUGGAUGAUCCUGAGGAACGUCCACGACACCAACUGGAAGGCGAAAGGGGAGCCAGAGAGAGUCUUCACUGUGACCAACAUCAAGACGCCCCAGACCCAGGAGGACGAGUUCAUUGAGAUCCAGAGCGAGACCGGUACCGCCUUCCAGCGCUGGACCGUCAGACACACCACCCUGCUCCAGCAGGUGAUGUCUAACGUCAUGUCGCUCUCGGCUGCAGAGUUCAGGUUGCAGGGUCUCUUCCUCGUUAUCGUCUGGUUCUGUCUGGCGUUCAGCUACCACGGGCUAGGCGUGUGGUUCCCAGACAUGAUCAAGUACAUGCAGUACGAGGAGUACGAGGCCAAGACGCGCGUGUUCCACAGGGAGCGUGUGGAACGCUUCCACUUCAACUUCUCUCUGGUCAACCAGAUCCACCGUGAGGGGGAGUACAUCCAUGACAAGUUUGAGGACAUCGAGAUGAGGUCGGUGAAGUUUGAGCACUCCCUGUUUGAGAACUGCUACUUUGAGGACAUCAAGUCCACCAACACCUACUUUGAGAACUGCACGCUGAAAAACACUGUGUUCUACAACACAGAUCUGUGGGAGGAGAAGUUCAAGGACUGCCGCAUGGAGAACACCACCUUCCUGCACCCCAAAAAGGGCUGCCAUCUCAACUUCCAGGAGGAGAACGACAUCGUCAUCUACCUCGUCAGCUUCCUGGGCAGCCUCGCAGUGUUGCCUGGCAACAUCAUCUCGGCGCUCUUCAUGGAUAAGAUAGGAAGGAUCAAAAUCAUAGGCGGCUCCAUGCUGGGCUCGGCGGCCUGCAGCUUCCUGCUGCUGCUGAGCUUCAGCCAGGGGGCGGUAAUCUGCUGGCAGUGCCUCUUCUACGCCGUCAGCGUGGCCGCCUGGAACGGCCUGCAGGUCAUCUCCGUGGAGGUCUACCCCACCGCCAAACGAGCGACGGCGUUCGGCAUCCUGAACGCCGUGUGCAAGUUUGCCGCCAUCAUCGGCAGCUUCAUCUUCGCCUCCUUCAUCGGCAUCACCAGGAUCGUCCCAAUCUUCCUGGCCAUCGCCGCGCUCGUGUGUGGCGGCCUGCUGGCGCUCAAGCUGCCCGAGACGCGCGAGAAGGUGCUGUCCUAA